AUGGCAGGUAAUUUUUGGCAAAGUUCGCAUCACCAGCAAUGGUUACUAGACAAAACAGAUCUAAUCAGAGACCGUCAACAUGACCUCAAUAUUCUAACCGAAGAAGAAUAUCAGAAAAUAUUCAAUUUCUUUGCGAGUAUCAUACAAGCAUUGGGUGAGCAACUGAAGGUGCGACAGCAGGUGAUUGCCACGGCUACAGUUUACUUCAAGAGGUUCUACGCAAGGAAUUCUUUGAAGUGCAUAGACCCGUUACUUUUAGCUCCUACAUGCGUGUUCUUGGCUUCCAAGGUCGAAGAAUUUGGUGUAAUUUCUAAUUCUAGAGUAAUGACUACUUGUCAGACUGUAAUCAAGACUAAAUUUGGCUAUGCAUACGGGCAGCAAGAAUUUCCCUACAGAUCUAACCACAUACUAGAGUGUGAAUUCUAUUUAUUGGAGAACUUGGAUUGCUGUCUCAUAGUGUAUCAGCCAUACAGACCCCUGCUUUUAUUUGUUCAAGAUAUGGGCCAAGAUGACCAAUUGCUAACUUAUGCAUGGAGAAUAGUCAAUGAUUCAUUGAGAACUGAUGUCAGUUUACUAUACCCACCAUAUCAGAUUGCAAUAGCUGCUUUACACAUAGCAUGUGUAAUGCUAGGGAAUGAAAACCAAAAGAGUUGGUUUGCUGAAUUGAAUGUUGAUAUGGACAAGAUUCAAGAGAUUGUGCGGUCCAUCAUUAACUUGUAUGAAAUGUGGAAGAGUUACGAUGAAAAGAAGGAAAUACAAGGGCUCCUAGCCAAGAUGCCAAAGCCAAAGCCAGCCCCCCAGAGAUAAUAGUCAUUUAUUUAAUAAUAAUUCCUAUCAGAGUUCAUAAGACUUAGGAAAAUGGGUGUUUGUAGUAUGGCUUUAUUUUUAUAUCAAUUCUAUAAGUGAUACCAGCACAAUUUGUGGCGUUCGGUCAAGUGUAUGAACUAUUAAAUAUUUAAGGCAAACUAA